GCCCCAUCUCGGUUCAAGGGCACUGGGGCACAUUGGCAGCCCUGAGGCCCAUGAGAUGGGCCCCAGAUGUCCGAGCAGCUCAGCCGGGUCCACAGCCCCGGGCAGGGCUUUGCCCGCGGUACCUGGCCGGGUACCUGGGAAGUCCCGUCGCGGGCAGGGUGGCGGUGGCAGGGGUCUGCAUCUGUGCCCUCGCAGGUGUCCCCAUGAGCGCGGGCUUGCGGAUGACGGCGUUCGGUCUUGCUCUGCUCUCGACCCUCUUCCUGGUCAUCGCCACGUGCACUGACUGCUGGAUGGUGAACGCCGACGACAGCUUGGAGACAGCUGAGGGGCUGUACGGUGCUUUUGGGGGUGCCCACCUUCAGCUGGGGCUUUUUUUCUGCCCCUUCCAGGUGAGUCACAAGUGCCGGGGGCUUUGGAGGGAGUGCGUCACCAACAUGCAGGACGGGGUCAAGACCUGUGACCAGUAUGACUCCAUUUUGGCGGACCACCCGGUGAAGAUUGUGGUGACACGGACGUUGCUGAUCACGGCGGACCUCCUGGCAGGCCUGGCUUUGGCCAUGCUGCUUCUCGGACUCGACUGCAUCCAGUUCCUCACGGAAGAGCCCCGCGUCAAACUGAAGAUGUGCUACGGGGCCGGCGUCUCCCUCGGCAUCGGCAGUGUCCUGGGUCUCGUGGGCUCGGUGUGGUACGCGGUGGACGUCUACGUGGAGAGAGCCACGCUGGUGUCGCACAACGUAUUCCUGGGAGUCCACUACGACUUCGGGUGGUCCUGCUGGCUGGGGAUGGCCGGCUCCACGGGCUGUCUCGCCGCGUCCAUCCUGCUGACCUGCUGCCUUUACACCUGCACAGACUCCAGCAUCCACCGGCAACCCCAGAGGCCCGUCUACCCCCGGGGGCGGACGGCCACCGGCAAGAUGUACGCCGUGGAUUCCCGCGUGUGACGGCUGCCGGCGCGUCUACGGCCACCGCGGGACCCUCACCCCGCGCGGUCCCCGACCCCAUUAAAGCACC